AUGGCUGAGAACAAGUACCUCACAAUUGACAAGGAUAACUUUCCUUAUGUCUUCAUGAAGAAUAUUGACAUCCCACUCAAAACAUAUGAGAUGGGCCUGCUUCGAGCGAAUGUCUUUCUUCCUAAAGACGCAGCUCCCUUUGGGGACAAGGCAUACCCUGUUAUCGCCACGUAUGGCCCUUACGGAAAAGACGUUCGAUAUGAGAUCUUCUACAAGAAAAGCUGGGAUCAGCUAAACCCUGACAUGAAGUCCACACAUGCAGCUUGGGAGACGCCUGACCCCGCUUAUUGGACAAGCAAGGGUUACAUCGUGGUGAGAGUUGAUGAGAGAGGAGCUGGCCAAAGUCCUGGGCUUCUUGAUACUAUGUCUCGCGGUACAAGCGAAGCCUUCUUUGAUGUCAUCGAGUGGGCAGCCGAACAAGAGUGGUCAUCAGGUAAAGUUGGUCUUUUGGGGAUCAGCUACUAUGCCGGUACGCAGUGGAGAGUCGCUGCGAGAAAGCCGAAGGGACUGGCUGCUAUUAUCCCAUGGGAGGGUAUGAGUGAUUAUUACCGGGAUCGAGUAAGACAUGGAGGUAUUCUUUCAGACAGGUUCAUUGAUUUCUGGUGGAAUAACGGAGUUAGUCCCAAUCAGUACGGCAAGCCAGGCCGGAGCGCCAGAAAUUGGGGUGAGGAUACUCUUGCAGGUGACCUUGACGAGGAGACCUUACUCAAGAACCGCCGAGACCAGACAGCAGACACUGCUGUGCACAAGUUUCGCGACGAGGAGUAUUACCGUACUCGAGAUUUUGAAGUCGAGGCAAUUGAGGUUCCCCUGCUCAGUGUCGCCAAUUGGGGAGGCAUCUUACUUCAUCUUCGAGGAAACGUCCUCGGUUGGAUCCGUGCGAGCUCCAAGUACAAGUUUCUCCACUUCAUCGUUGGAAGACAUGACUUGCCCUUUUAUUACCCCGAGUCGGCUGAGCUUCAGUUAUCUUUCUUCAAUUCCUUUCUGAAAGACGACGAUGCAGAUGGCUGGAGGUCUGGGAAGCAGCCACGGGUUCGUCUCACGUUGCGAAAGGGUGAGGCUGGGGUUGAUGACCCUGAACGUGAAAGAGGGUUCCCGACUAGAGAUGAGGCAGAUUGGCCGUUGCCUGGGACCAACUACACGAAGUUCUACCUGAUUUCCGACAAUUCAUUGAGCACGAAGCCGUCACAGGGCAUCAGCACGAUCGAAUAUGACGCUUUGAAUGGCGAGCCCAUUAAAUUUGCAUACAAGACUGCUUCUACUCUGGAGAUCACUGGUCAUAUCGUCGCCCAUUUAACUGUAGCUGCAAGCCGAAAGUCCACUGACGCCAGUACCCCAUCAGACAUUGAUCUGUUCAUUACCCUUCGCAAGAUCAACGCCAAGGGUGAAGAGGUCUUCUACACCGGCACAAUGGGCGACCCUGUUCCCAUCGUGAAGGGCUGGCAACGAGUUUCGCUUCGCAAAGUAGAUGAGAGUAACAGAUUGCACAAGGAAUAUUUGCCUUACCGCAAUUACUACUCAUCUGACGUGCAGCCAGUUGAGGAGAAUCAGAAGUAUGCAGUGGAUGUUGAGGUCUGGCCCACAAAUGUGGUCCUUGAGCCUGAAGAAACCUUGGUGCUGGAAAUUGCUGGUCACGACACUCAGGGUGUAGGAAAGUUCUCUCAUGAACAUCCGAAUGAUCGCGACCCCAGAACUUUCGAUGGAAAGAACAUUAUCACUGUCGGUGGUGAGGCUAGCUGGAUUACACUUCCCGUUAUCGACGCUCGGAGAUAG